CUGGACUCGGCGGUGGGCGAGGCGCUGACGGCCGGACGCAAAGGGCCAGGCAGGGGAGCUGGGAAAUGGAGCCUGAGGAAGCGUGAACGCGACACCUUCCCGGCCCGGGCGAGUGUCUCAGCUCAAUGGCCUCCCCGAAGAAGAAACUUCAAGGUCUUGUUGCUGCGACCAUCACGCCAAUGACUGAGCAUGGAGAAAUCAACUUCUCAGUCAUUGGUCGGUAUGUGGAUUAUCUUGUAGAAGAACAGGGAGUGAAGAAUAUUUUUGUGAAUGGCACGACAGGAGAAGGCCUGUCCCUGAGCAUCUCAGAGCGCUGCCGGGUCGCGGAGGAGUGGGUGACAGAAGGGAGGAACAAAUUGGAUCAGAUAGUAAUUCAUGUGGGAGCACUGAGCUUGAAGGAGUCACAAGAACUGGCCCGACAUGCAGCAAAAAUAGGAGCCGAUGGCAUCGCUGUCAUUGCACCUUUCUUUCUCAAGCCAGGGAACAAAGAUGUCCUGAUUAACUUCCUAAAGGAGGUGGCCGCUGCUGCCCCUGCACUGCCGUUUUACUACUAUCACAUUCCUGCCUUGACAGGGGUAAAGAUUCGUGCUGAGGAGUUGUUGGAUGGAAUUCAGGAGAAGAUCCCCACCUUCCAAGGGCUGAAAUUCAGUGACACAGAUCUCUUGGACUUCGGGCAAUGUGUUGAUCAGAAUCGCCAGCAACAGUUUGCUUUCCUUUUUGGGGUGGAUGAGCAACUGUUGAGUGCUCUGGUGAUGGGAGCAACUGGAGCAGUGGGCAGUACCUAUAACUACCUGGGAAAAAAGACAAAUCAGAUGUUGGAGGCUUUUGAACGGAAGGACUUCUCCUCAGCCCUGAACCAUCAGUUUUGUAUUCAGAGAUUUAUCAACUUUGUGGUCAAACUAGGUUUUGGAGUGUCACAGACCAAAGCCAUCAUGACUCUUGUCUCUGGGAUUCCAAUGGGCCCACCUCGGCUUCCACUACAGAAAGCCUCCAGAGAGUUUACUGAUAAUGCAGAAGCUAAACUGAAAAGCCUAGAUUUCCUUUCUUUCACUGAUUUAAAGGAUGGAAACUUGGAAGCUUGUAGCUAGUGCCUCUCUAUCAAAUCAGGGUGUGUACGUUGAGAUAUAAUCCACUUUGAAUACUGCAUUCAUUUCUCAAAAACUUUUUAGAUGAGUUUGAACUAAACUUUCCUAGCAAAUGAAAUCUUGCAUCAAUCAACAAGUAUUUAAAUACCUACUAUGAUCUUUUAAGAGUUUUAAUUUGUGAAGGAGCAAAAACUCUAAAAGGAGUUAUGAGCCCAAAGUCAUUCAAUAUUUCACAGAAUUUUGGUUGGAGAAGUUUUUGCAUAAAUGGAUAAUACGGAAUCAAGAGGAAAAUUGUAAUUGAUUAAUUCCAUCUGCCUUUGGGAGCUCCCGUUAUCUUGAUUUCUGGUUGUUAAUCCUAUUUUAAAGUUUUCUACUUUUAAACCACCAUAGUGUACUUUCAUUUUAAUAAAUAUUCAUUUGGAAUCUAGGACAACUCUGAGCUAUUGCAUUUAGGCAGACAUACUAACUUUAAUGCCAAAUUACAGUGUCACUCAACUAUGCACAACUGUUAACAAACCAGUUCACUUGGCUGCGCAGUCUAACUCUAGAAUAUCUGCUUUCGGAUUAAUUGCGAUGUCACAGUUUUCCCCAAAAACAUUGGGUUAGGUGAAGACUUGCUUCAGUUACUAUAACUAAAGGGCCAUUAGGGUGGUUUUCACAUAACAAAGGAAAGGCCUUCCCCAAAGAUGAAUUCAAGUCUCUAAUUGUUGCUAUAGAGAACUUCUCAAAGUUUCAGAGAACCAAAGAGCUCUCUGCUCUGGGCACCACAAACUUCCCCUUUCCUCACUGAGAAGAAAGUGUCCCUCAACAGUGCCCUGAAUUAUUGGAAGUGAAAGCCAGCAUCCCUUCUGCUGUGAGCCCAGGGGCUACUUACUGUUAUUUCCCAGUCACAUUUUCACACAGUCACUUUUCAGUGAUAAGAGAUUUAGGGAGGACCUAAAGAUUUAACUUUAACUUUCUCUACACACCUUCUUUACUUUUUUCUUUCUCUGGACUAUAUAAUUGGCUGCUCAGUCUCCUCUCUAACAAACCCUGGUACAUGCCUUCCAGUAACAAAGUGUACUGAUGGUCAAUCCUUAGUGAUUUUAAACUGGACUAUCCAGUCUAAUAACUACCUAAGAAUUUA